AUGGUACUCUUCGCCACUAUACUGCUAUUUACAGCUCUAGCCCACGCGGUUCAAGCAGGAAGCCACCUGCCCGGCCCAUCCGGGCCAUGUAGGGUACAGGCCACACACGUGAAACUGCUUGAUAGCUCGCGCGUCGAUCCCUUCAGCCCUGCCCAUGCCAAACGAGCGACCAUGGCAACUUCAUACGUGCCCGUUAAUUGCGGACACACCAAGUUCGCCUCAUAUCUUCCUCCGCACACAGAAGCUGUAACAGACCAGCUGGUCCGAUCGUACGGGAUGCCCAACGGGACAACGAUAAAAGGAUUACAGAUCGAGUCCGGGUUUGACUAUAAUCCGGACACAUCGCCCAGCAACAAAAGAUAUCCCGUCAUCAUCUUCUCCCCUGGCUUAACAGGCUCCCGCUUAUGGUACUCCUUAAUCCUCGAGUCCGUAGCCAGCACAGGGGUCGUGGUAAUCUCAGUGGAUCAUCCUUAUGAUUCCUCGAGCGUGGAGUUUCCCGACGGCAGCGUUAUAUACGGCACCAACGUCUCUGCAGCCGAUCCGGUUGCCUUGGACACCCGCGUCCAAGACGUCAUCUUCACCCUGGACCAACUACACGACAACCCGCACCUCGUGCCACCCUCAUUCACAGGUGCGCUCGAGCUCAGUAAAGUCGCAAUAGUGGGCCACUCAUUCGGUGGCGCGACAGCCGCAGCCGCAAUGCUGAACGACACCCGUUUUGCCGGCGGGCUGAACUUCGACGGGGCACUCUGGGGCCCAGUGGUCGAACAGGGUCUCGACCGACCGUUUAUCAAUUUCGGGCAGGCGAACAUCCCACAGGAAAGCAACGACAGCUGGCGGAAGAUUUGGCCCCGUCUCCGGGGAUUCAAGCGACAGCUGCAGCUGACUGAUUCAGUGCACAUCACUUUCACAGAUUUCCCGUUGAUCCGGGAUGCUGUGGGGUGGCCUGUGAAGGUGAGGCAGGCUUCGUCGGAGCUGCUGGGUUCACUUCCUGGGUUGCGGGUGAGGGCUAUUUUGACUGAGUAUAUUGUUGCGUCGAGUAUGUCUUUCAUUACUGGGGAGAAGAGUAGGCUCUUGGAUGGGCCGUCGAGCGAAUAUCCUGAAGUAAAAUAUGUGGCCUAG